CGCGCCCAGCGGAGGUGUUCAACGCGCGGUAGGGGCAACAGGUGUUCCGCAAGCUGUCGGUGGGCUGCGUUGCUUCGAUUGCAGCGAGGUCGGCCAUCAGUAGGCCACUUAUCCUCAGCUAGCGGGGACGCGUGCAUUGUUUGCAAGGAGACCAACAAUGUCGAUGCGAACGACUUUUACGACGGACCACCGGUUUUCGAUGAGGAGGCUCUGGAGCUAGAGGAAAACUUGGCCGAGUUUGUCAUGGCAUUGUCAUAUCCGUUAAAUGGCAAGCCUAAAGGUGCUACAGUUGGAAAGCUAAUUCCUGGUGUGGAGACCAAUUUAAUUGCAGAAGAUGGAUACUAUGUCAUAUUCUGUCGUACUGAUGCUGUUUUACCCGAUUUGGGGAUUAAGAGAAAAGACAAACAGGAUGCUCUUGCUUCGUACUAG